GGGCGGUGACCUUUGCAGGCAAAGCAGGCUGGCACUGGCAGAAGCAGGGCAGGGCUGACCCGUCCCCGCCGCGGCGCCCGCAGGCCGCAGCGCCGGCCCUUCCCCGCGGCGCGGCCCGGCCCGGCCUGGCGGCACCGCUACCGCUGCCGCCAUGGCCGCCUCCGUUACCGCUGCCCGCGCGGGCCGGCUCGCGCUCAGGGCCCGGGCAGCCGCACGCCGCCCAGCAGGACCGCCGCCACAGCCAUGGAGGGAGGGAAAAAGCGCCAGGAUAAAGACACGGUCUGUGUUAAGCCAUCAUGGUGGACAGCAGUCAAAAGGAAAAAAAGCACCUCAGGAUGCUUCAGGCACGGCUCCAACAGAAGGAAAGGCAAAGCCAAAAAACCGUAACACGUACAGACUGGAGCCACGUACUAAAGUUCAGGAUGGUUUAUUAAGAGACAAAGCUCAAGCGAUACUAACGAAUAAACUACAAGAAGCCACAUAUGAUGGAGCUUCUAGUCCCUUCUUGUGUGCUUCAAUCUCAGAAGAAAUAUUAAAUGCUGUGAAGGAAUUGGACUAUGACCGUUAUAAGUAUGUGGUAUCAGUGCUAAUUGUGGAAAAGGCAAAUCAGGCAAUGAUUGUUGCCAGCAGAUGCCUCUGGGAUGCACAAAGAGACACUUGGGUUUCAGCUAAAUGUGAAACUGAUACAUUUAUUGCACUGGCUUUGGUAAUGGCUUGUUAUUACGACUAAUACUCUGAAAGUCACAGCUGCAUUCGUGCAUCACAAUACAUGGUAUAUUUGAAAAUUUUCAAAACAUCAUUAUUUUAGUAUUCAUAUUUGUCCUAUUGGUGUUGAUACAUUCAAACUGACAUACAGGAGAUAAUUUUGCUCGGUUUUGCUCUGUUAAAAAAAAAAAAACAACAAACAAAACUGCUUGGGAAAUGUUUAUGGUUGAGUACAUAUGGGCUUCAUCUGUUGUAAUGCUCUGCUGUGGAAGUGGGAGCAGCUGGUGUAAGGCCAAACAUUGCAAAAUUUUGAAUGUUGCUUGUCUCUCGAGAGCCUAGGACUGUUCACCAAUGCUUAUAUGCAGCUGCAGGUAUCAGUUUGCUUAAAAGCAUUCUUUUUGUAAGAAAAAGCAGUGUUCAUUUUUCAUUUUCAUAGUUGGUAUCUGUGAUAAAAUGCUAGUCUGCCUAGAAA